GCUCUCGGGAACCCCCGGGGGUUUGGUCGGAGAGGACGGUGAGAAGAGGCAAUUCUCCGAGUGACCAUGGGGCUGUUUAUUAAUGAGUCCCGUAGCAGCUGAGCGUGUUGCAAUUGGUGUGUCCCUGGUGGUUUGGCGCUCUUGCCCAUACCGAGGGCCAACUUCUUCCUGGCCCCCGACAGCUGCUCGCGGGAGCCGCCUCCCGACACCCGAGCCCCGCCGGCGCCUCCCGCUCCCUGCUCCUGGCUCCCUGCGCCUCCCCCGCCCCUCGCCCAGCCGCCGAGGAGGCCCCGCUCCGGGGUCGGACGCCUGGGUCUCCCGGGAAGAGCGAUGAGAGAGAUGCUGCCCCCGCCCCCUUAGGCCUGAGGAAUCAGGAGCUAUGGGGCCAGGGGCCCUCACAUCUCUGCCGCUGGUGCUGCUGCUGCUGCUCUUGGUGGCAACUGGAGAUGCUGAUAUGAAGGGACAUUUUGACCCUGCCAAGUGCCGCUAUGCCCUGGGCAUGCAGGACAGGACCAUUCCAGAUGGAGACAUCUCUGCAUCCAGCUCUUGGUCAGAUUCCACUGCUGCUCGCCACAGCAGGCUGGAGAGCAGCGACGGGGACGGGGCCUGGUGCCCCGCGGGGCCGGUCUUUCCGAAGGAGGAGGAGUACCUGCAGGUGGAUCUGCGGCGGCUGCACCUGGUGGCUUUGGUGGGCACCCAGGGGCGGCACGCAGGAGGCCUGGGCAAGGAGUUCUCCCCCAGCUACCGGUUGCGUUACUCCCGGGACGGCCACCGCUGGAUGGACUGGAGGGACCGCUGGGGUCAGGAGGUGAUUUUAGGUAAUGAGGACCCUGGGGGCGUGGUGCUGAAGGACCUGGGACCCCCCAUGGUGGCCCGGCUGGUUCGCUUUUACCCCCGGGCGGACCGGGUCAUGAGUGUCUGUCUGCGGGUGGAGCUCUAUGGCUGCCUCUGGAAGGACGGACUGCUGUCUUACACGGCCCCUGUGGGGCAGACGAUGUACUUAUCCGAGGCAGUGCACCUGAACGACUCCACCUACGAUGGACACACCACACACACUGUUGGCGGGCUGCUGUAUGGAGGUCUGGGUCAGCUGGCGGAUGGUGUGGUGGGGCUGGAUGACUUUAGGAAGAGCCAGGAGCUGCGGGUCUGGCCAGGCUAUGACUAUGUGGGGUGGAGCAACCACAGCUUCCCAGCUGGCUAUGUGGAGAUGGAGUUUGAGUUUGACCGGCUGAGGGCUUUCCAGGCCAUGCAGGUCCACUGUAACAACAUGCACACCCUGGGAGCCCGCCUGCCUGGUGGGGUGGAAUGUCGCUUCAAGCGGGGCCCUGCCAUGGCCUGGGAGGGGGAGCCUGUACGCCACGCCCUGGGGGGCAGCCUGGGGGACCCCAGAGCCCGGGCUGUGUCCGUGCCCCUGGGCGGCCGCGUGGGCCGCUUUCUGCAGUGUCGCUUCCUCUUUGCUGGGCCUUGGUUACUCUUCAGUGAAAUCUCCUUCGUCUCUGAUGUUAUGAAUGACUCCUCUCCAGCUCUGGGGGGCACCUUCCCACCGGCUCCGUGGUGGCCACCUGGCCCACCUCCCACCAACUUCAGCAGCCUAGAGCUAGAGCCCCGAGGCCAGCAACCUGUGGCCAAGGCGGAGGGGAGCCCAACUGCCAUCCUCAUUGGCUGCCUGGUGGCCAUCAUCUUGCUGCUGCUGCUCAUCAUUGCCCUCAUGCUCUGGCGGCUGCACUGGCGCAGGCUCCUCAGCAAGGCCGAGCGCCGGGUUUUAGAAGAGGAGCUGACAGUUCAUCUGUCUGUCCCUGGGGACACCAUCCUCAUCAACAACCGCCCAGGCCCUCUUGAGCCACCCCCUUACCAGGAACCCCGCCCUCGUGGGAAUCCGCCCCACUCUGCUCCCAGUGUCCCCAACAGCUCUGCGUUGCUGCUCUCCAAUCCAGCCUACCGCCUCCUUCUGGCCACUUACGCCCGUCCCCCUCGGGGCCCCGGCCCCCCCACACCCGCCUGGGCCAAACCCACCAACACCCAGGAGCCGCAAGGAGGAGGGCCUCUCACCCUUGGUGCUUGCCCUCUCCCCCCCAAUGUGUACUCUCUCUGCAAUCCCAGAGCCUGCAGUGGGGACUAUAUGGAGCCUGAGAAGCCGGGUGCCCCGCUUCUGCCCCCACCGCCCCAGAACAGCGUCCCCCAUUAUGCCGAGGCUGACAUUGUCACCCUGCAGGGCGUCACCGGGGGCAACACCUAUGCUGUGCCUGCGCUGCCCCCAGGGGCUGCCGGGGAUGGGCCUCCCAGAGUGGAUUUUCCUCGGUCUCGGCUCCGCUUCAAGGAGAAGCUUGGCGAGGGCCAAUUUGGGGAGGUGCACCUGUGUGAGGUAGAAAACCCUCAAGAUCUGGUCAGUCUUGAUUUCCCCCUUAAUGUGUGCAAGGGACACCCUUUGCUGGUAGCUGUCAAGAUCCUACGGCCAGAUGCCACCAAGAAUGCCAGGAAUGAUUUCCUGAAGGAGGUGAAGAUCAUGUCGAGGCUAAAGGACCCAAACAUCAUCCGGCUCCUGGGCGUGUGUGUGCAGGACGACCCCCUCUGCAUGAUUACCGAUUACAUGGAGAAUGGUGACCUUAACCAGUUCCUCGGUGCCCACCAGCUAGAGGACAAGGUGGCCGAGGGGGCCCCCAGAGACGGGGAGGCUGCCCCAGGGCCCACCAUCAGCUACCCCAUGCUGCUACACGUGGCGGCUCAGAUUGCCUCGGGCAUGCGCUAUCUGGCCACGCUCAACUUUGUGCAUCGGGACCUGGCCACAAGGAACUGCCUGGUUGGGGAAAAUUUCACUAUCAAAAUUGCUGACUUUGGCAUGAGCCGGAACCUCUAUGCUGGGGACUAUUAUCGCGUGCAGGGCCGGGCAGUGCUGCCCAUCCGGUGGAUGGCCUGGGAGUGCAUCCUCAUGGGGAAGUUCACGACGGCAAGUGACGUGUGGGCCUUUGGGGUGACCCUGUGGGAGGUGCUGAUGCUCUGCCGGGCCCAGCCGUUUGGGCAGCUCACUGAUGAGCAAGUCAUUGAGAAUGCAGGGGAGUUCUUCCGGGACCAGGGCCGCCAGGUGUACCUUUCUCGGCCCCCUGCCUGCCCGCUGGGCCUGUAUGAGCUGAUGCUUCGGUGCUGGAGCCGGGAGCCUGAGCAGCGACCACCCUUUUCCCAGCUACAUCGGUUCCUGGCCGAAGAUGCGCUCAACACGGUGUGAAUCACACCCAGCUGCCCCUUCCUCAGGGAGGAUUCAGGCAAAGCCAGAGGCAAUAAACAAGAGGAUUUUCAUGGCACCCCCACUCCAUUCCCUGUCCCAAACACCUUUCACCUCUGAAAGAGAGGCAGUGUGACCACAGGUAGGCUGGGCCUGCCAGGGAGCUGACGCCUCCCUUCCAGGGACAUACUCUUAUGCCCCCUUCCUGCUCCUCUCUUAGAAGCCUCCGCCACCCACCCAGCUGGCCCUGUGGAUGGGAUCCUCUCUGACCUCUUCUAGCCAUCCCUGGAGGGGGGAAGAUAGGGGCACAUAUAGGACAGACACUGGAUAAGACCUAUUGGAGCACCUGGGCCCCACUGGACAACACUGGUUCCAAGAGAGAAGGCUGUGGUCCCCCCAGCCUCUCUCUCCUUCCGUCACACACUGGAUCCCAUUGGCUGAGAAUCUGGGGAAUGAGGAGGACAAGAAGGGGAGAAAGAUGUUCCCUUGUGCUAACUCCUGGAAUUGUCCUUGACUUUGGCUUCUCCCUCCUCCAUCCUCUGAAACACUGGACCUGGGGGUGAUCCCUGUACCCCACCCCCAGUCAUCCCCACUUCCCACCUGCUGUGUUUUAGCUAGAACUUCUCUAAGCCUGUAUGUUUCUAUGGAUUAAAUACUGGGAUUAGGGGGAAAGAGGGAGCAAUGGCCUGUGGCCUUGGGGUUGGACACCUCUGUUGUAGCUGCCAUAUUGGUUUUUCUAUAAUCACUUGGGGUUUGUACAUUUUUGGGGGGAGAGACACAGAUUUUUACACUAAUAUAUGGAUCUAGCUCAAUGCAAUUUUAAUAUCCUGCACUAGGCAGGUAAUAAUAAAGGUUGAGUUUUCCACA